CGCAGUUGUUUUGCGCGAAGUUCAAGGCCAAAGUUUUGCAAGCAAAGCAACUUUCAGUUUGUACACAUUUUACGUGCUUACAUUUGUUACGGUGGUUAAUAAUGUCAAAGAUCUGAGGAAACCAUCACUGCAAGAUGGAUACCAGUGGUAUUGAAGCAACGCAGGCGCUGCCCAUCGAUGAUUAUGAAGAUGAGUUCGAUCAGUUAGAGACAGGCCCGGUGGCUUUCCUUUAUGUGCCCCUUCAGAAAGGAUUUGCUGGCAAGGAAUAUCCAUUGUUUGAAGGUGACAAUGUGGUAGGAAGAUCGGAAGAAUGCAAAGUCUGCAUUCCACUGAAGGGUUUGUCCCGAGAACAUGCCUGUAUAGAAAUACACGGAGAUUCACAUCUUAUCUAUGACAAAGGAAGCAGGAACAGAACUCGCAGGAAUACGCAUUUCCUAGCUGCGUCAGUUCGCUAUGAGCUGAAGGAUAAGGACCAGCUCAUCUUUGGGGACGUGGAAUGUCAAUUUUUACUCAAAUCACAGGAUCCUGCAGCAGAUGACAGUGAUGAGACUGGUUCAGAGAGCAUGUUCCAGACUGCUCCAAGUGAUGAGAUGCUUGAUGAAACUAGAGAGGAACCAGUCAAUGCAGAAAGCAGGCUUCUGGGUGACCCAGAUGAAGGGCUUGAAAGUGAUGCUAGCUGUGAUAUUCUUGAACCAACACAGCAAAAUGGAAAUAACGAGUUGGGUUCUCGUUCUACCAUGGGAGAUAAAACACUGGGUCAGGAUAUUACAGUCAAGGAAACACCAGCUCCAUCCAGAACCAAAUCUCGUCUUAUUGAAGACAUGGUGUUACCCGAGUCUGGCUCAGAUACAGAAGAUGAAAUCGAUGCAUCUAAACCGCCACCCACUCUUCAUGUACCUGAUGAUGAGGAUGACGGUGAUGAUAGGUCUCGAUUACUAGGUGCACCAACCCAGGCCUUUGUUGGGGACAGUGACAUCAGCACUGAUGAGGAGGAUAACCUUGAUGCCAAGAAAUCUCUUCUUAUGGCGCCCACCCAGGCGUUUGUUGGGGACAGUGAUGUCAGCACAUGCAGUGAGGCGUCCCCAGUGAAGAAAAGUAUUCUGAUGGCCACCACCCAGGCCUUUGCUCCUGACAGUGACACUGACCAGGACCAGAGCUCAGUGAAGAAGCAUAUUUUAGCCGAGCCUACUCAAGCCUAUGACAUGACUGUUGGAAUUGAACCUACCCAAGGUUACGAAAUGGAGAUGGAAGAUGAAAAGGUUGAAGACCAGAGUAAUUCCGGAGGUUUGAUGUUUGAGCCGACCCAGGCAUUCCUUGGCAACAGCGAUAAGAAAAAGGAGGAAGAAGAUGAUGAUGGCAAGUCUGACACAUCUGAAGAGUUUGUCCUAGAAGGAGAUACAGACACUGAGGAUAAUGUUAAUGAUCAGGACCUCAUGGCUGCUCCCACACUUGCUUGUGAAACCCAGGCUGUUGAUGACACAGUUGCUGUUGGUGAUUUUGAAACUCAAGUCAUUGACAGAGAAACAGACAAACAAGCAGAACUUGAUGAAACUGUUGCUGUUACAGAUGGUGAAACACAGGUCAUUGAUGAACAUGCUAGUGAAGAAGCUUUUGGAACAGCAAGAGAAAAAUGCACUGUAAAUUUUGAUGAUGCUACUCAGGUCAUUGAUGAUGUUGAUAAUGAGGUUAAGAAAGGCGUGGAAGCUGAAGCAGGUGAGUUAGAGACUCAGGUAAUUGCGGAAGAUGCUACACAAGUCAUUGAUGUGCAACCAAACAUUAAAGGAAGAAAGAAUAGUGGUGAUGCCUAUUGUGUUGAGACUCAGGUUUUUGAAAAUGAAAGUACACAAGUGUUUGAUAAUAAGAAAGACACUGAAGAUGAAAUGGAUUCCACUCAAGUAUUUGACAAUAUUUCCCCACAAAAUAAAGUAAUAAAAACACCUGAUAUAAAUAGACAGUCCGGUGAUAAUCAAGCAACACAAGUAUUUGAUGGUGAUGAACACAAAAAUGUUUCUGUUGGACAAGAAAACAGUGGAAACUUAGCCAAUGAGAAAUUUGAUGACAGUGAUAUAGAAAUGUUUGAUAUAAAUGCUGCUGCCACCCUCGCGCAUAGUCAUGAUGAAUCACACAUCAAUGAAAGUGUAAAGAAAGAUCAACAUCAUGAAACCGAUGCAACUCAAGUUCUUGAAGACGCUACAGUUGCAGUAGAUGAUGAUGAAUUGAGUAGUAAGAAAUGUCCGCAGAAAGUUCAAGAGGAGGAGUGUACUCAGGUUUUAGAUGAUGCAACUGUUGCUGUUGUAGAUUCAGGUGAAUCACCUGUCAGAGAGAAUAAGGUUAGCCGAAAAAUGAAUGUCUCUGAUGAUGCAACUCAGGUGUUUGAUGAUGCAACUGUUGCUGUUGAAGAUGAAGAUGAAUCUCCUGUUAAAAAGAAUAAAGCAAGCCAAAAACUGAAUGUCUCUGAUGAUGCAACCCAGGUGUUUGAUGAUGCAACUGUUGCUGUUGUAGAUGAAGAUGAAAUACCUGUUAGAAAGAGUAUGGCAAACAAAAACAAACUGAAUAUAUCUGAUGAUGCUACUCAGGUGUUUGAUGAUAAAACAGAUGAAGAAAAGAAUGACGAAAAAUGCAAAGAAUUAAAAAAUACUCAAGUAGACACAGAUGCAACCCAAGUGAUUGAAGAUGCCACAGUAGAUGUCAGUAGAACUGACCCUAAUGCUGCAACUCAAGUGUUUGAUGAGGCUGUGGCAGUUGAAGACAAUUAUGGAAAGAAGAAAGGAAAAGGGAAAAGAACUACAAAAGGCAAGAAAGUACCUGGUGCUGCAGUACAUGUCGCUGAAAUUGAAACUGAUGCAACUCAGGUUUUGGAUGAUGUUAAUACAGACAAGAAAAUAAUUGACCAAGAUGCCACUACCCAAGUAUUUGAUGAAAUUGUUGGUGGACAUGAAGUGGUUCAAAAUAAAUCGAAAAGAAAAGGCAGAAAACUUGCAGCGGAAGGGGAAGCAACACAUAUUGAUACAGAGGCUGCUACACAUGAAAUUGAACCAGAAACAGUGCCUGUUGAAGAUUUGGAAAGUGGUGAAAAUGAUGCUACUGAAAACACAGAAAGUAAAACACAACCUUCUGCUAAAAGAGGCAGAAGAGGAAAGGCAACUGUAGAAAAUAUAACUUUAGAAAACACUGAAAAGACAAAUUAUCAACCUAAGAUAAACUCAAGAUCAAGAAGAGGAAGGACAAAUGCAGAGGUAGAAGAGGCAGCAGAUGAUGAAAAAAAGGAAACGGAGGAAGAAACAAAAGAUGUGGAACAUGACCACAGUAUUGGUAGACAGAGUAGAAGUAGAAAUAAGAAAGACGUACCUGCCACAGCAAAGACCUCAAAUAGAAGCACUCGAGGAAUGAAAGGCAUAAAUGAUGAGAAGCAUGAAAAUGAAGAUAACGAAGAUGAGAAAGCAAAAACUUCAACUGAAGAACAUGAAAGUGAAGAUAAAGAACUGGAAAAAGCAAAGACAUCAAAUGAAAGCACUAGAAAAAAGAGAGGCAAACCAGCUGAAGACCAAGAGGGUCAGAAUGAAGCGGAUGAGAAAGAAAAGAAAACUGCUAACGAGGAAGCUGCAACCCAAGUGUAUGCAUCUGACAGUGAAAGUGAAGCCACACAGAAGUUUGGAGUAGUUGAUGACGAUGCAACACAAGAUCUGGAUGAGGUCACAGAUAUUUCUCAGACCCCACCGGUGCCUGAAGUGAUUGUUAGCCCCAGUAAAACACCCUUAAAGUCAGCUCUAGCCAGCCCAGAGAAGAGAAAAGGCAGCCCUUCACCCAAGAAGGUUGCCUUUGUCAAACGGGGUUCAGAGACCAGUUCAGAGUCCAGUCAGGAAACCAGGUCUAGUAGAAGAAGAAGAAGUAAAGUUGCUGUAGUAGCACCAGGCAAAAGUUCAGCAGAACCUGUAUCAAAUUCUAUUAAAACAAAAACAUUAUCAAAAGCUCCUGUAAGUUCUACAAGAAGAGGCAGGCGUUCAACUGCUAAAUUAGUAGAGGAAGAACCAAUGGAGAUGGAUUGUGAGAUAAAGGUUGAAACAUCUGAAGAUGCAAAAGUUAAAGAAGAAGUAACUUCUCAUGAAGAAAAACCAACAAGAAGAGGUGGAAGAUCAAAACAAGCUAAAGCAAAUGUUAAAGCUGAAGAUGGUUUUGGUGAAGUUAGUGCAGCUGAUGAGUCUAAAACUGAGCCUGAAACUUUUGAUAAAGUAGUAGCUAGAAGAGGCAAGAGAAUGGUAAAGGUUGAGAAGGACACUAAAGACUUAGUAAGUGCUGAUUUAGAAAAGGUUGAAACCAGUGAAGUUGAUAAAGUAGGUGCCAGGAGGGGCAAGAGUAAUGUAAAGAUUGAAAAGGACACGGAAGAGUUAGAGAGUGCUGAUUUGGAAAAGGUAGGCAAAAGUAUUAUGAAAAUUGAGAAAGAUACUGAUGAGUUAGUUGACACUAAUUCGGAAAAGGGUGAAACGAGUCAAGUUCAUACAGUGGGUCCUAGAAGAGGUAAAAGAGGUAUAAACAAAAAGAAAAAUACUGAGUUAAAGAGUUCUGAUAUGGAAAUAGCAGAAACCAGUGAAGUACCAGUUAAAAAAUCAAGAAGAGGUGGAAAGCUAGAUGAAACUAAGGAUGAAGAACCAAGUGCAACAAAUGUUGAGAAAAGGAAAAGUAAAAUUAUGAUGAUAGAAAAGAUAGAAGAUAAAUGUGAUGAGAAAGAAAGUGAUAAUGAAAUAAAGGUUCACAGCAACGAUAAACCUGGCAGUGGAAAUAAACAGACUCGAGGUAGAUUGAAUAAAGCAGAAUCUGAGAGUGAGACUGCUAAUAAAAACAAAGUGGAAAUAACAAAUAGAAGAGGAACAAGAAAGAAUGUGUCUGAAAAUCCUGAUGCUGUUGAUGAUGGUGCAAUAGAAGAAAAGGCAGUAAUAACCGGCUUGAAAAGAGCAAGUAGAAGUAAAGUAAGAACAGAUGAUGUUGAUAAAGCAACACAUGUUGAUGAAAGUGUGGAGAGAAAAGGCAAACGGGCAACAAGAAAUAAGACAUCAGAGGAGGAUGAAAGUUCAUUAAGUGAUGGUAAACAAGGUAGUAGUGGCAAAGCUAAUACAUCUAGAGAUAGAGCAACUAGUUCCAAAGGAGGUGAAGAGAAAACUGAAGCUGAAGUGGAAGCACAUGAAGACACUGAAGUUGUAAUAGAAAAAGUAGGAAGAGGAAAAACUAACACUAGAACUAAACAAAAAAUAGUUGAAUCUCAGGAAGACACAAAGGAUAAUAUUAAAUCCCAAGAUGAUAGUGAACAUAAAGUUACUUCAGGAAGAAAAGGCAGAAGUGUAAGAUCAAAACAGAAGCCUGUCGAAAAUAUUGAACAAUCAGACAAUUCAGAAAAUUCUUCUCAAGAUAGUAUAAGGGGUAGUAGGAGAACUAGACAAGUAAAAGAGGAAAGCUCUGAUAAAAAUGAAGUAGAAGCAGUUGGAAAACGCAAUGGAGGACAGAAGAGAAAAGAAAGUGACAGUGAUUCACAAAAGAGUGAGGAAGAGAAGCCGGACAAGAGACAGAAAACCGAGGCAGCAGCCACUCCAGCCUCCAAGAGGAGGUCCAGGAAUCUGGCUGAAACACCUAAACACCUACAUAAACGGGUGUCAGCUGUGUAUACUCCAAAGUCAACUGGUAAAUCAGUCGUCAGUGAAGUGACAAACUCUCCAACCUUGAGAAAAACCACAACUGAAGGUCAUCGAGCCAAGGUCAUGUUUACAGGAGUUGUAGACGAACAGGGAGAAAAGAUAGUUAAAGAUCUAGGUGGAGAGCUAGUAGGUGAUGUUACCAUGGUGACUCACUUAGUGACAGACCAGGUGCGUCGGACCAUGAAGUUCUUGUGCUGUGUCGCACGCGGAGUCCCGAUAGUUUCCCCUGAAUGGCUCAAGGCAAGCAAGGACAGCGGAAUGUUUCUGGACCCGACUCCAUUCUUGGUAAAAGACGAUGCUUCGGAAAAGAAGUACAAGUUUAUCCUUCACCUUUCCCUGGAUAGAGCCCGAGACAAGCCCAUGUUACAGGGGAUGUCAGUGCAUGUCACGAAGUCUGUGAAACCCCCGGCCACAGUUAUGAAAGAUAUAUUGCAGUGUGCUGGUGCAAAGUAUCUAGCCAGCAUGCCCAAGUCAGCCUCCAGUGAGACGGUGGUGGUUUCUUGCGAUGAAGACAGGGGAGUUUGUGAUCAUGCAGUGAAAAAUGGAGUACAGGUUGUCUCCCCUGAGUUUGUGCUCUCUGGCAUUCUUCGACAGGAGGUGGACAUUACUUCAUAUCGCUUAUUCCACGAGAGCAACGGUAAACGAAAUGGAGGGGCCAUCUCAACAGGACCAGAAACUGCAAACAAGAAAAGAAAAAGAUGAUGGACUAUCUCAAAAUUUUCAAUUAUUCAAUGCCUUAUGUAUUUUUAUCUUUGUUUAUUUUUUUUAUCAAAAUGUUCCAUUUAGCAAUUUGAUUACAUAUUUUAGUUGAACUCUUUAACAAAACUGUUUAUUGUCAUUGCAUCUAUUUUUAAUGUAUCACAUUUUACCUGAAAUAUCAGAUCUCUAAAAUAUAUUUUGGUCUUCAUUUUCAUUGCUGUUUAUGUCAUUUUAUUGAAAU